AAGCUUCACUGACACAACUGUCUUCUCUCUUUCAUAUUCAUCAUACAAAACCUCGUGGAAUUUAUUAAUCAAACCACUUAAUUAUGGGUUUAAUUGCCCGUAAGGCGUGUGUGUUUAUCUUCGUAUUCGCGCUUGUCGCCGAGUUUGCAUUCGCAAAUGUCGAGGUUAAAGACGACAAACACUUCUUUCACAAACCUCGUCCAUUCUUCCACAAGCAUGGCAUUUACAAGAAAGGUUUUAGAAAGGGUUUGGGCGGCGGUGGCGGUCUUGGUGGCGGUGGCGGCCUUGGAGGCGGUGGCGGUCUAGGCGGCGGUGGCGGUUUGGGCAAAGGAGGCGGUCUAGGCCACGGUGGCGGUCUAGGUGUAGGUGGUGGUCUAGGCCACGGUGGCGGUCUAGGUGGAGGUGGUGGUCUAGGAGGCGGUGGCGGUUUGGGCGGAGGAGGCGGUCUAGGCCACGGUGGUGGUUUGGGCGGAGGAGGUGGUCUAGGCCACGGUGGCGGUCUAGGUGGAGGUGGCGGUGGUGGUGGUGGUUUGGGAGGAGGCGGUUUGGGUGGUGGAGGAGGAUUAUGGUGGUGGGAGCCGGAGGAGGAUAUUGGUGGUGGUGCUGGAGGAGGAGGAGGAUUUGGCGGCGGAAGAGGAUUCGGCGGGGAAGCUGGUGGUGGAAGAGGGUUUGGAGGCGGUUAUGGUGGUGGUAUUGGUGGACAUCACUGAUGAGACUCAUGCUCAUGCAUUCGUACGUUGUUAUUAUUUAAUUAAAUGAGAUAUGAUAUAAUUAAUUAUUACAAUAAAAUGAUACAUUAGCAAUUGUGUAUGUCGUUUCUAUUUAUUUUGAGUCAUAUUGUAUGCUGCUGUUUUGGUUGGUUUCAACUUUCAACUGUCAAGUUUGGUUAAUAAAAAUGGUUGAUUUGCUUUUUGUUAAUA